AUGUUUAAUAGCAGGGUAUGUUCAUUCGCAUGUUCGGUGGUGACCGCUCUGUACCCCGCUGAAAGAUAUGUGAAUCGGGAAUCCUCCUAUCCGCAUUACACCACAGUGCUGAAUGUUCAAAACAUUAAGUUUCCAGUGACUGUGAAUCAAAUUAAAAAAUUUGAACUUGCAAACAACAUCUCCGUAAACGUGUACAUCAUCGAGAACGAGAACAUCGUCCCGCUACGUCUUUUGGAAAAAAAGAAAGACAGACACGUCAAUCUGAUGUACGUGGAGGACGAACACGGAGUGGGGCAUUUUGUUUUGAUAAAAACUCGCCUCGUGAGCUUGCAACUGAGCAAACACAAAUGUAGAAAAUUUAUCUGCGAUCGAUGCCUACAUUAUUUCUAUUUUGAGGACCAGUUACAGACGCAUACGAUAGACUGCGGAAAAUUGAACGACUACGCUAUCCGGUUGCCGAGCGACAAGAACAAGUGGCUCAGCUUCGACAACUACACGAGGAAGGAGCGGCUUCCGUUCAUCGUGUACGCCGACCUCGAGUGUGUUUUGGCA